AUGGUAAGUCGAGUCAAAAUUGCGAUUCUCGAGAACCCCCUGUGGUACAAUGCUGAGACGGUAACACGCAGGCCUUAUAACGCGAGCGAGGUGUUCGUUACAGGCACUUUCGACGAUUGGGGUAAGACGGUGAAACUGGACCGGGUGGGCGACAUCUUCGUGAAGGAAGUGACUCUUCCUUCCUCAGAAAAGGUUCACUACAAGGCGCACCUUCCCAUGUUCCAAGGUUACCCUGUUUCGUUGCUGACGGAAAUUCCACAAAAGUUUGUUGUCGACGGCAUUUGGACUACAGAUACCAACGUGCGACAAGAAGACGACGGCCACAACAACAUCAACAACGUGUUGUUACCUGAAGAGAUCCAGACUGUCACUGGCGAUCGCUCCACCAACAUCGCCCCCACCAUGUCUGGCGUCACCCCUGAUUCUACUACUGCAGCUCUGGCUGCUAAUGUACCCAAGGAGCUCAACGGGAAUCUUCCCGGUACCUUCCCUGAUACCCCGGGACAGGAGUCCGAACAAAGUUUUUCCGUGGAUCCGAUCCCAGCUUCGGGGGGUUAUGGCAACCCCGUCACCCUGAAGCCGGGCGAGAAGGUUCCUCAUCCCAACACACUUCACACCAACACCGUAGACUCGACCGUCAACUUGGACAAGGAAUCUUAUGAGAAAGGCCAAACUCUUCCUCUUGGCGCUGGUAACGAGAACCCCGGAGCUAACGCCAACAAUUCCACCUUCGCUAUUCCUCCAAUCACGAACAGCAUGAUUCCUGAAUCCAGUCUUCCCAUCGGAGGUCCGGCCCAACAGGCAGCGCUGGCCGAUCCCGAAUAUAACAUUCAAUCCGCCGGUCCCAACUCAACCACCGCGGCACUGGCUGCUGGUGUGCCGCUCGAGCCCAAGGGCAAGCAGCCUGACGGCGAUAAGCCCGUCGAGGAUGUCCCGCAGGUAGUGAAGGAAUCGUUGGCUGAGGCCAACCAGGACCCGGAAGCUGCUGCAAGCGCGGCAGCAGUCGAGGAGAAAAAGGCUCUGGAGGCGGAACUUCAGAAGAAGGUCCAGGUCGAGGAGUCGGCGGGUACCCCGGCGCCUACCGUCACUGCAGCUACCCAGGCAGUUGCACCUCGCCUCGCCGUUCCUAGCGGCGUGGAUUCGGCCGAUGUGUCCCCGACCUCGACCCCUGCCCCAGGCCGCCAGAGUGGUGGUGUUGCUGCUGCCACCCCGUCUUCGGCAUUGAAGAAUACCGAAUCCAGCGGGCAGGAUCUAACAACUGGCCGUGAGGUGCCUCUAAAACCCGAUACUGCCACUGCGGAACCUGAUGGACCCACUGUGACGACUGGAGCUGAGUCUGCUCAGGCGCCUUCAACCUCGACCCCCAAGCCUGCAGAACAGCCUUCCAAAAAGUCGUCCCCCACCACUGAAGGCGCUUCUACUAAUGGAGACAAGAAGAAGAAGAACCGCUUGAGUGGCUUGUUCACCAAGCUCAAGGAGAAGAUGAAAUAA